AUGGACUCGAUGAGAUCCUUGAACACCUCCUUACCUCCAUCGACCUCACGUCCCCCACCUCCAGAACAGCUCCUCCAGGCCUUCCGCACAGCUGCCCUUUCCGUCACCAAUCUCUACAAGUCAGCAGUCACAGACCAAAGCGCCAGCCGGCAAGCAGGCUAUCAAGACGCCCUCGAGGAUUUGCUGAGUUUCCUGGACCGAGAGAACCUCGGCUUGCAAGACGGCGAAGGAUGGAGAGUCAGACAAUGGGCCACUGAGCGAUAUGAUGGAUCGGCCCAUCAACAGCAAGCUGAAAGUGAUGAUGAGAGAGGCGAAAUCGAGACCAGACCAAGGAACAACUCAAUAUCACGGGCCCAAUCUCCAGAACAAGUCCGAACCCAGUCCGAACCUCCGAGGAUGGAAUCUGCUGUUCGUCCAGCAGCGGUCGAUGAUACACAGCCUCCUCCAGCUCGAAACCUCGCCUCAGCCACACCCAUAUUUCGGUUUACGGGUCAGUCGUCAUCCGAAGAGAUGCAGACAGACGACAACUCGAUCACCGUGGACGAACCUCAAUCGGCUCCAACAAAUUCUGAGGGACCGCUCCGUCUAGAGGUUAUUAAUAAUCGCGCGGUGCGAACACCUACGAGGCACAGCGGCCAGCGACAUAGCUCAAAAGCCAACGGAAGAGAAUUCACGUUCACGGCUGGGACCAAGCGGAAACUACAGUUCCCCGACUUCUUUGACAUUUCGAAUAUUGGUCCACGAGACGGGGCGGGGGGCAGCAAACGCGGCCGGUUAUCGUGA